AAAAUGACAGAGCCAUCAAAUAAAAGAUGCAAAAUACAGCAGUUGACUACAAUAAAGGCAAUACUGCCCAACGAGUUGUCCGAACCCGUCAAGACUACAGCAGUUUAUGUCACAGCAGUGGAGGAUAAGAAACAAAUAUCCAAAAUAAUGCAACAACUUGCCUUAUUGUUACCCCUGCCAUCACUGCAGCAUUUGAAACGAGUAAAGGACAGCAAAAUUAUUAUAUGUACCCAGCAAGAAAUUGGUUCUGAUCAGGAAAUAAAAAGUUACUUAAGCACAAAGGACAUCGAAUCGAACAUUAUCGAACAAAUACUUCAAAGAAUAGAAACAGUGAAUGUUCCUGCGACACCAGCAAAACUUAGAUGGCAAUACGAUGAGGUGCAUGGCAUAUGGCCAUGCAAGUUUCACCCUGACAAAUAUUUGGAGCAAAGGUAUGAUGGCUCAAAUUUUACACCUCAAGAAAAAUGCUUCCAUUUGAAAAUUGCUUCCUUGCUGAAGGAUAUUUCCAGAAAAUUUUUAAACCAACAAGCUGUGGGUAUAUGCAUUGAUCCUAGAUUUAAUAGCAUUGUUGCAAUAGCUUCUGGUUUUACACAAAAGAGUCCUAUUAUGCAUUCUACUAUGGUAUUAAUGGAUUAUGUAGCCAGGUCACAAGACUUUGGGGCAUGGAGAGAUCAGCUCUGCACCUUGGAAGAUUUCGUAGAAAGCGAAAUAACCAUAGAUACUACAAUGGAAGGCGUACCUAAAAGAUUCAAACAGUUUAUCGAUGACCAUGAGGAGUAUUGCGAAAUCCAAUGUGGGGCCGAACGCUUGAGACACACUGAAAAAGUAAAGUGUGAGACUGCUAAUGCUUUGGACGGCGAUAAUUUAGCCAAAUAUGGGCCGUAUCUAUGUACGGGAUAUGACAUCUAUCUGCUAAGAGAACCUUGUCUUAUGUGUGCCAUGGCUUUAGUACAUAGCCGCGCUAAACGUGUGUUCUUUGUGGGCAACUCUGAAAAUGGAUGUCUAACUACAAGUUUUAAACUGCAAGGUGUUCCGGAACUAAACCAUCACUAUGAGGUUUAUCAAUUUGGAUAUGAUACCCAGAGCGAAACAUCAGACGUACAAAAUAAAUCAUGACAACUUGUCUAAAACAAAA